AUGCGAAAAAUUGUAUGUUAUUACACAAACUGGUCUCAAUAUCGUACCAAAAUAGGCAAAUUCGUGCCUGAAGACAUUCCAGCUGACUUGUGUACUCAUCUUAUUUAUGCAUUUGGUUGGCUAAAGAAGGGCCGAUUAAGUUCAUUUGAGAGUAAUGAUGAGACGAAAGAUGGCGUACCUGGCUUUUAUGAGAAAGUAGUCGGUUUGAAAAAAACCAAUCCAAAAUUGAAGGUUCUUCUAGCUAUUGGAGGAUGGUCAUUUGGAACACAAAAAUUUAAAGAAAUGGCGACAUCACGUUAUGCUCGACAAACAUUCAUCUAUUCGGCUAUUAACUUUCUACGCAAACGUGGAUUCGAUGGUUUGGAUAUGGAUUGGGAAUACCCAAAAGGAAACGAUGACAAAAAAAAUUUUGUUCUACUUUUGAAAGUCCUGAUCAAUAGAAAUACACAAUCCACCAAUAAUACACCAUCCACAAUACAGCCAAUUCAUGAACGGACAAAACAACUUCAAUUACCAACAAUAUUAGCUCAAAACGUCAAAGAUUGCCGGAAUUUCUUGCAGAAAUUUUGGCCUUGA